AUGAACAUUAGCACAACACUCAAAAGUCCAUUAUUGGCGUCAACGGUUUCAGAACAACCAUCUCAGCAUGGGCCAGGUGCAUGUUGGAAAGAAUAUAUUUGUAGUACUUGGUUUUUUAAACUCACCCUCUUCAUGAUGUUAUUUUUCCUAGUGACGAGAUAUGAACAAGUCUUGGGCUUGCAUCAUGCACCUCCAGCAUCGAUUAUCUACACAGGAAAUGGAAUGACCUCUGUUGUAGGAUUCAUAACCGACGUGAAUAACGAUCGUUUGUUGGAUUUUGUAAUAGCUUAUUAUCAGAGAGAUUAUAACUUUGCAAAUAAUGUGAUCUACCUCAAUAACGGAUGCGAAUACGUACGUCACUCAAACCCGUAUGAACCAUUGGUGUAUUGUAAACAACAUUUUCUGAAUCAAAUAAUGAUCAAAUGGGAGGAGGACCCUCCAGUUGUGACUCUCCACGUUCCCAAUGAAACAUUCUCUGCCAUACUAGGUUUACCUUAUCACCCAGUUGAAAUACCAGCUCUGAUCUUUUCCAUGAGUGGCGUCAAGAUUGGAACACCUAUGGAAAAGUUUUUUAAGGGGCAUUUACCCAUUCAUUAUCAUUCCAUUUCGAAAGGAGAUGAAAUUUAUGUAGGUCAACCAGGUCCUCCUCUGAAACCUACUUCAACAAAGCCAAGCUCAAACGCGGAAGAUGCCUCGUCAUCAAGAGAUGCUUAUACUACACUACCAUACACCGGAACUGGAACUGGAAUGGGUGCAUAUUACUAUGGAAAUACAGAACAGCAGCCCUAUGAUGUCACGAGCUCGAGCGGUCAAGCUACAGGCGGUCAACAACAAACAGGAGUGAUCCCUGUGACACACGGAAAGGUUGGGCAUCACCACUAA